ACUAUACGUGUUUAUGGGUUUCUUGGUGGUUGACAGCUGUCAAUUGUGCAUAGGUUGGUAGUGAGUCACGGCAUUGGCAUUGGAUUUGACGAAGAUAACUUAGUGCGACAGGUGAUUAAGUAGAAAUUAAAAGCAGUUUAUGCCUUAUGAAUUUCCUUUAGAUAAUCUAGGUAACCACUUGGUUCUUGGCCUCCAACUUUUCCGCUGGUCUACAGCAAGUAUCGCACAACAUCACCUACCCUUUGUUCAGAUGUCCAGCUUUUUUUUCGACGUAACAGGUAUGGCAUCAAGCUCCGUUAGCCAGGAGGAUUUUGAUAAUGACUUUGAACUAACAUCAAGGAGGUCUAGAAUUCGAACUGCUAGAGCUAGAGUUGGACCACCUAGGACAGGAGAUACAGCGUCCAUAACUUUUCAAAAAAGUGCACCAGAUUCGGAAGAAUCACAAGGUAUAUGCAAUUCUAGUUCAAAUAGUGUACCUCCAUCAGAACACGAUGGUCAGCAAAAUAAGCCCAUAAUGAGGAAACAAGACAAACGUGUAACUGGCCGUGUCUUUAGUGUCGUAUCCUGUUUGCAUAGGCCAACGCAUAUAAACAAGGGAAAGCAGCAACGUGAUCGACGGAAACUCAGAGAAAAAAGACGAAGCACUGGAGUUGUGCAUUUACCAUCAACAGAGAGUACAGGAGGAAGUACAGGAGAAGAUGAAGAAGAACUCAGUGGUACUUGUCUUGAAACAAAAAAUAAUACACAUCAUAAUGAGUUCCUUGAUCAUGAACUCAUUGAAGAACGAAGUGUUAAAGUAUAUACGCAAAGGCGAAAUAAAAGGCAUUACCGUACUUCAUAUAGGUCAUGUUUAAUUAGACACGGUUGUCAUUCAGAUUUAGAAGCAGAUGAUGAAGAGUUUGAUUCUCUUAACCAGUCUGACAGUGUUAAUCAAUCUGACCACACAAAUCAUGAGCCACAAACUUCAUUAAAUAUAACAAACAGACCAAGAUUACCUACACCUACAGGAGAUAAUCCACACGAAUUAAUUGAACGUGCUCAAGAAGAAAAUAGAAGGCUUUUAUCUCUCUUAGAAGAUCGUGAUCAUAAAAUAAUGGCACUGGAGGCUCGUCUUUUACAGCAACAACACGAAAUGGCAAUAGAACGAGAACGUCUUCGUGAAGAAAACGCAGCACUAAUUCGGGCGAUGGCAGCUUUAGCAAGCAACUAAUUUUUUUUUUCUUGCAUAUAAUAUCCCAUUUAUUGUCGACCUUUGAAUUAUUCUAGAAAUUAUGCAUAAUUAAUAAACUAUAUAAUAUAAUUCUAGUUUAAAAAAUUAAAAAGAGUGACUUAAUGAUGUUAACUCUUGCAGAAGAGUGUACUUUGAAAUAUAAUUACGAAUUCUAUAUCAUCAGGGUAAGCCACAAAACCGAAGAAGUAGAAUCAGAUAUUGUACAUUUUUCGGCAAGAAAGAAAAAGUUACAGUUUGUUUACUUGUAAUAGACAUUCUCUAUCUUGCUUAUAUAGCGUAUAUUAUAAAUCCUAACGUAAAUAUCUUGUACACUUUUAUUAUUGUUCAUAUUUAGUUAAUUCUUUUAUAGGUUAAGAAUCGAAUAUGUUUCUCUUCUCAUUUUUUAAUUGUGUUCCUUUAUAUAUUGAAGUUUUCAUGUGUUUUUAAAAUUAAGUACUUAUAGCCUUAAAAAGAAUUUAAAUAAUGAAUGGAAGCAAAAAGAACAGCUUUAUGUAAAAGAAUGACUUUAUAAAGGUGCUGCAAUUUCCGUUCAAUGUUAUUACUUUUUUCUUCAGAAUGGUAUAAAAUUAAUACGAUAGAUAUUCAUGUUUCACAUGCUUCGCAUCUACAAAGAAACGUUGGUAAGUAUUGUGACGUAACGUUAAUUGUAAGGCACCAUAUGAAAUCUUUUAUACUACAAAAGAUACCAGUUACGAUCUAUUUAGAUGUUUAUGUAAGUUUUCUACUUAUGCGAAUGAACGUGAUUCAGAAUAUUUAUGGUCGAUCGUUAAAUUUUCUAAUAAUAUUUGCUCCUCGGUUAAGCGUGUAACAAUGAUUUAAAGAAACAAAUAUCAAAGCAAGUUGUUCAUACACACAAUUUUUCUUUAUCAAUUAAGCGAAAUUGAAGGAAGAUGGAACGCGCUUGAUCGCUUGUGAUAAAAAAAUGUUAUAUGAUAUAUUAAAGCUCUUUUACGUACGUCAGUUAUGAAUUUGUGUGAACGAUCGGACGUAUCUAAAAAGAAAGGCACAUAACUGACAAUUCUGUAUCGGUUAUAAAGCAUUUAAAUAUAUUACAGUAGGUAUCGAAAGGAUUAGAGAAAUUGUAUUUGUUUAUAUUAAAUUACAUAAAAAAUUACGUGAUGUAUAUAGAUAUAACUAUAUGUGUGUGUGUGUGUGUGUGUGUGUGUGUGUGUGUGUGUAUAUAUAUAUAUAUAAAUUAAAAAAAAAUAUAGUAAAUUAAUUAACACAACUUUUAGUUAGUAUACUUUAUAAUUAUCGAUCUUGUUAUUUACUUUAAAUUUUGUCAUAAGCAUAAUUAUAAAGCAGGAGACUGAAAAUGCCAGUAAUUUUUAUAUGAUAAGGACAAUGAAUUAAAGAAGGUGGAAAUAUGCGUUGAUUCUAUUAUAUAAUUUCAGUAUAUGCACAAUAAUCGUUUUAUUUGACGCUUCAAGCUAGUGUAAGGAAUUACUAGCUAAGAUAUGUAAGCAAGACAAAGUAUCUGUCUAUUUUUUUUAAUAACUUUUACGUAUAGAUCAAUGUAAAAAGAAUUGUACUAAAAACGCUUUGUUAUAACGAGUAUCUUUCUAAAAUACUGAUCUUUAAAUUCUAUAUGAUUGUUCCUUUUUGUUACGCUUGGGUUAAGAAGAAUAGUUAAUCAAUUAUACUUAUUUUUUGUCUAUAGAAUUGCACUAGGCAGUCUUAGUACUUAAGAACUAAAAAUUGACUAUAAGGCGUGUAGUACAUGGAUGGAAAUGAUUUUACAAAUAAAAUUAAAUUGAGCAAAUCUUUCGAAUGGCGGAUGAAUAAAGCAAAAGAUUCGUUAAAUUAUUA